AUGGCAUUCCCAAGGAAUACUUCCAAUGAAGUGCUUGUCAAUUACUUGAAAAGGGCCGGGAAUCUGAGUGAUGACCGUGUUCGAGACGUCAUGCUUGCCGUCGACCGCGCUGACUUCUCUGUGCAGAAUCCGUACGAGGACUGUCCGCAGCCGAUAGGCUUUAAUGCAACCAUUAGCGCCCCGCAUAUGGUAAGCGUUGUCGGUUGUGCUGCCCUCUGUUGUGCAAGUACAGAACUCGUGAGCGAUUGA